GGGAUGGAGGUUGAGGUUCAGUAAAGAAAAAGGUACAUCUGAUAACACGCUUCAAAAUCAUCCGUGGAAAUAUGUAUUACUGGCUGCAUUUAUUGACCAAAAUUGAGACUACGCUUGGAGCAAAAGGGAGAGAGGUCUGCUGUUAUGUGAUAAGGCCAUCCACUGGAUUAUACCAUUACUGCGAAACGCUCAGACACCCCUGCCCAUUUAGGGUAAGAGCAAAAACCAUUGCAUAAUACACACACACACACAACACACAAUCAUUGCUGCCAACAGUAACGCCAGAACAUCGUGGGGGCUUAUUCUUUUUCGACCUCUUCAUCUUUUUGGGGUUUCACGCAACGAGAACCCACGAACGCGCGCGCGCUCGCCCGCCACGUGCGCUCAUCAUCAUCAUCCAGCGGGCCGAGCGCGUCGUCUUCGAGUGCUUUGCGUUCGCAGAGUUGCGUCAAAGCGGAGGAGGGAGAAAGGGAGUGGACGAGGGAGAAUGGUGCAGCCCCGCCAGACGUUUUGUCGCCACAUAGCACCGCGUUGAGAGAGGAGGGAGGAGGCGGCGCUUCUGUGCCCGCGCAGAAGACGAGCAAGGGAGAGGGAGGGAGGGAGGAAGGACCGCGGGAUUCUCCUCUUCCAACUCGCUUCUUCCACCUCGCUCAGCAACGGCGGCAGCAGCAACAGAAGGAAGACGUUUCACUUUCUUUCCCUGCGGGCUGCGUUCGUUUAACAAAUGCUGAUUAUGACGGAUUUGGCCAGAGAUGACGGAUGUUGAGCCAGCGUCUCUGUCGGAUUUCGCGGCAUCGGGCAGGUCGGGGCGGCGUAACGCCCUGCCGGACAUCCUGGGCUCCCCAUCCGGUGCCUCCCCUGGGGAGCUGCCACUCAAACUCGCCGAGCUCACCGUGACCGAAGGUGCGUCGCAGGAGGCCCAGACGCCAACCCUGGAGGAUCCUGUGGUGGGCGGCGAUGGAAAUGGAGGCGACAAGGAGUGAGGACGACUGCCUGUACACAGCCACGCCAACCUGAGCACGGCCGAGCCUGCGACGCCCCGAACGACCAGGAUGGAACGCAAUCAAACCUGACCCGCUCGCUUUGGUUCCUUUUUCUCCUCGUCGUAGCGUAGGCUUCGUGAUUGUACCAACUGUGUGAGGAGGGGAAAGUUAAUGUCCUCCAAAUGAGGAGGUGGCUCUAUAGCUUGAGACACCGGGCAGUUUGACCGCUACGGUCUUCGGAAAACAUCGUGCCGAAUGUAAAGCGUCGGGAGUCGAGCGGAAGGCACAGCGAUUCCCGAUGCCUCCGCUGAUAAUACAUCGCAGGCAGUGCUUACAUUCUGACGGCAUCAUCAGUGUGUGUACAUUGCAUAAGGAAAAUAUUUUAUACAUUUUGAAUUGAACGUUAGGUUUUUAAGGUAAAAUAUAUUAAACAAUUUACGAGAAGAAGACAUUUUUUUUUCUUGGGACUAUUUAGGGUAUUAUCACUGUGUGUUGGAAGUAGGGUUGUACAGGUGAUUUUGAUGGCAACCAAUGCACUGUACAACCAAUGCACUGUACAACCAGUGCAGGUGGUGGAAUCAAACGCUUCGUUGAGUUUCCUCGGAGAGAGAGCAAAGAGAGGAGGCUAGAAUUCACUAAAAAUGUAAAAAAAAAAACCUGGAUUUUCACAAACGUUUGUUGCAUAAUAAUAGAUGUGUUGUUUUUUCCCCAUUGUAAUUUUCGAACAGUCGUGGCAAAUACAUAACGGGCAAUGACACCAGCUUAAGGAAGUAUGUGUAUAGUUAUAGUGUGCGUGCAGAACACUUUCUAACGUGGAGGGAAUUCUACCCCUGAGAGUGUUACGUGAUAUCUGGAUUAAAGAGCAUAGUGAUGAGCCUCAUGAUGAUCCUGGUAUUGUGCCUGCAAUUACCGCGUAGCGCUUUGGACCUUGGCUUCUUAACCUUUUGACUUACCCCAAAAUUUCAAGCAUUGCCAGCAAUUACAAACAAAUUUAGUUCUAAAACCAGUGUAAACAUUUGCUCACAUUACAAUCCACAAGCACCAAAACUGAAAUCAAAGAGAUUUACUUCAACUAAGUUAAAGUAAUAAUCAUAAUGCAGAGUCUUAAGCAACUCAUUCUUGAAAAUCCAGCGAAUGACUUUUACCAUUCCAACAAUUAUGUUGCCGUUUGAACUACUAUACUACUCUACCAGAUGUAAAUGAGGCAGAUAAGCGUGAUUAUGUGUUUGUUCAGAUAAUUGUGGGUUUGUGAAAGAAAGGUCACAAGUGUCGUCAUGUUCACCCGGAAGUGUGAUUUUUUAAAAGUUUUAAAUCAGCUGUAUAAUAAUCAUCCCAAAGUGUGUAAAGGCAAAUGCAAACUGUUUGAGUAUAACUGUCCAUGUGCAUAUAAACUGUGACGCUUAGUAGUACAACAGCCACAAGUGUCCAUCAUUGAAGCAUAGAUUUGAAUAAGCACAACUCAUUAUCAUCGGCAUACAUGGAGUCAAGCGUGCGCCGUUCCCGUUUUCCCAAAACACUGUUGUGCUUGCUGAUUUUAGUGACAAGAGAUCAAACGGCAGCAACCAAAUCUGCGAUGCACAGUGUGGAAUUGACAUUUAACGAUGCAGUGGAUACAUUUUUCACAAAGAGAGAAAGUUUCCAAACAUUGAAGCCCCUUCAACUCCACUGUGGCCGCAAUGCCUCGUUAAUAAAGGGACAUAAAAUCAUGUAAUGCUAUUAAUUUGUCAUCAUUUUGGUGUAAUCAUUCACUAAGAAGAGCACUGCUAUUUGUGGAAAACCAAAUUUUGGUGAACAUGGAGACUGUCCUUAUUACUCAAUUACAUAUGUAUGCACAGCAGGAAUCUUACUUAUCUGUGGUGAUGUGAGUGAUGAACGUCACAAAAAUUCCAUUAUCUGCAAUGUUAUCUGUGAAAUGACUCCCAUUUAUCCGCGAAAGGAAAUAAAUCGUGUGUAGAAUUCGUGGAUAAUAGGAUGAAUUGCCACGCUACACUUAUUCAUACAAUGUGCAAAUAGGAAGCUUUUCAUUGGAGGAUGGUGGCAGGUGAGAAUGAAGAUAUUAGGAAGAAUAGGGGGAAUUAAUUUGUUGGUAUUUUAGUGCAGACCCUAUAGGUCUUGCGUAUAAUUCGAGUUGCAGAUAAUAAUAGGGCUGUGGAUAAGUGGUAUUUGAAGUUGUGUAAAUACUAAGAUGCAACUAUAUGAGUCGUUUGUAGCCAUGUUAGCAGAUGUAUUGGUAUAGUACUGUGUCUACAUAACAUAAACCAGUGAUACAAGUUAUACACAAAUCAUCACCAUUUUUUUAGAAAAGACAUGCAACACUUUUUUCUUCUAAACUUGUCUUGCAUAUUUGACAAAAUUGUGAUGUUGGUGUAGAGUUUUGUUUUAAAUACUGCUAUAAGCUAUAUGCUUAAUCUUUAUAUCAAGUUAUCUUCAUCAUCUUGACCGCAUAUUACAUUUGACUCGUGUAGUUUUCAAUUUAUGUGUAAUAUAUUUGUUUAUCAUUUACAAGACAGGAAAAGCUCAUUUUUGUAGUCGUGUGCAAAGAAAGUUUGCACAAUGCUUGGACUGAAAACAUAAACAAACCCUAAUUCACAAAUAUCAGACGCGUUACGCUCAAUAAAUUAAACGUCUUGAAAAACUACACUUUUAAUUGGAACUUAAUUAAAACGCUAUGUGAGAACCUAAAACGAGUGCUUAUGCCAUUGGUUGAUUAUAUCAGUUAUGAUUUCACGCCAUCCUUUCUCCGUUGUCAAUGCAAGAAUAGUUUUUCUAAGUGUCAUUGCCCCUUUUUUUUGCUCUUGCCUUCCCCAAGUUGGGGUUCCACGACGUUUUUCACACCGGGUUCACUAAACCUCGAGCACCUGAUGUUGCACGUGGUGCUUCGACACUUUAGGGUCACACUGUGUGUGUCACGUGGUGCCUGUUCAUUGUUUGGGCCUAGGUUAGGCCUAAACUAAGUAAAAACUAUAAUUGUUUGUUUUUAUAUAAAAGACACAACACAUUACAACAAUGAUGGCUUCUGAUCAAUAACGUGAAAUUAUCAAUCAUUAUUGUAUUAAUAUCUCUAACUCACAUUUUAGUAUUUCCAAGUAUUAUGGUCCAAGCCCACCAAUGCCUCCUACUCCACCACAACAGACAUCCAACGAACUCCAAAUUUCACACCAAUAACAUCUCAAGAAUUACAUAAUUUUCCUUUAGUGUCCUUAACAUUAGGUCUCGUACAAUGUAGUCUUACAGCCACAGAAAUACUAUCUCCUCUCAUUCAUCACUCAACGCUGUUCAUUAGAGCGUGUCAAUCGCGGCUAAUCCUAUAAAUGACGACACAAACCUAUCAUAACAUGUAAAAUGUCAAAUACCUUGGCACUGUCCCCUUUGUGCCUCCCCAACCGCGUUUGGCUGCCCGUGUCACGUACCAAUCCGCAAAGUUCAACCGAGUGAACUUUGCAGUACAUUAGAAUCACACGCCCCUGAUGUUAUUGAAUUGCAGCUUGAGGCGCAUUAAGUGUCGUUAUGGGGUUUCAGUAAUCCUGUGAACCCAGCCUAAUACAUUGUGUCCUGUCAUUAUGUGGCUAUUCAAUAAGCACACAUCUCUCGUAAUGUAUACUUGUUCUGUGUGGAUUACAGUGCGUCAUCAAGACAAUUACAGAUUGAAGACUCUCCAAUGUGUUUGAAGACGCUCAGGUGCCCGUUGUUUACCCAGUCGCUGGCCACACCUCCGAGCCACACACCUUGUCAGCACCUGGCAAUGCCUGGUGGCUCACCUUACAAUUACUAACCAAGUUCAAACCGGCUUAGCUUCUGAAAUCUGGCGUUAUUGGGCACUUUUUGGUUACCUGCUCAAAGGUGAAUUUUCAUGUGGAGGGCCGAACUGUAAUGGAGCAACUGUAAAACCUGUCGUCGGUGUUUAAACCCAGCAUCUUCAAACAUUUACCCCGUGUUAACAGCGACGAGUUGUAGACCCACCACAGCUUAAGUAUUGAUGCAUUUAGCAAAACGGGCCCAAAUUGAGCUUGCAAGUAGGAAAAUGUAAACGUGUGCGAGCCACUCUCAUUGCACCACAAUUAUGCUAUCGGUGUCAAGACACAGCACCUCUUACAGAUGUCACAACAAUAGUGUAUAGCGAAGCCCAUUUCUCUUCACAUGGGUACUCACCAGUCUGUUCAUGUAUUCUCUUAUUGUCCAUUAUAACAGUCCAUGUCCGUGUAAAGCCCUCGUGUCAAGCCACUGUUGGCUGAGGACCUCCACAUGGUAUAAUUGUUGAUGGUCUUCGGUAAAAAAAAAAAUGUUUUACACAGUCCUAUUUGCACAGUCAAUUUGCAGGUCCAAAAGGCGGGCGGCAUAGCCGUGGAAGCAAAGAAGCAAAGUCCAACAAAGGAUUUUGCGACACCGAGAAGCAAUCACUGCUCUGCGGUCACAUUGACCAACCUGAUUUGCAUGUUGGUCACCCAUUAAAGCAUUCUCCCUGCUCGUUGCUUCGCUUCCAAUAUCCGACGGAAUUGGGCGAGUUCGCGAUGAUUUGAUCGUGAGCAUAAUGGUACGCGUUAUGUCUGUUAAAAUACAUAAAUAUUAACUAUUUGAUAAAUAUAAAAACAGGUUGAGUGGAAUAUAAAUUGGAUGUCAUGUAGGGUAAUUUCACGUCUCAUAAGAAGCAUAUUUUUUUACAUUACGGAAAAAUACCUAUUUACAUCUCAUUUGUCAAUCCACUGCUGGAUGAAAGCCUCCCCCAUGUCUUGUGGUCAUAGAGCUUGUGACUGUACUCUAAUAAUAACAUCAUUAUGGUCAGUGUGCAGGGAAUCAAACUCAAGUCACUGGCUGGGUUCAUAGCACAGCGUGCAAACCACUCCAACCCCAGUUACAGUAUACAUAAAAUGUAUGCACAGAAUAUGUUGACUGUUAUUUCUGACUGUUACCCCUGUUUAGUCAGUGGUGUCAUCUGAGGCUGAUAGACUGGAAUAGGCACGUGACUAGUUGGUGUUCUGGGUUCGGAAAAAAUAUUUUCCAGGUCACCGACCGAGACAGAACCUUCUUAAAUGAAGCCCUACCUCGUGUUAGCUUUUGAUAUCAUCAUCAUCAUCGUCACCCUCCUCUUGUUGUCAUGUGGUCUUUUUUCAUUUAACAACUUCGAAAAGCAGGUGUUAUCAUGUAAGUGCGUUUUAAAACAUUACACAAACGACCUUUCACUGUCGCCACUGCCUCAUGCAGUAGACUAUAUGGAAUACGCUGCCCUUUUUGCUAAUCAUUAUCCGUGAAGCCUAUAUGAUCCGCAAAAACCUAUUAUAUGGGCCUCUAUUCUUCCUAUAAUCCGCCCUUUUCCCAUGUUGCAUUGCGAAACAGCUUCCUGUUAUCUGCAAUUCACAGAUCGGUGAGAUCUACAGGGCAAUAUCAUCCAUUAUCCGUAUUUUUCACGGAUAAAAUUCAGCAAAUCUAAUCGGUCACAUCACAGAUAACAGGAUCCACGAUAUUCGCCCCCCCCCCCCACAUAUCAACGCGCAUGAAAGGCGUUCUCCUGCACUUUACAACGGAACGUUGAAAUUGGCCUCGGGUCCUUUGGCAAGAGCAUAACGUGCAUCAAUGCUAAUAUAUUAGGCCUCGCUGUGUAGACGUCAAGGCGCAGGGAGUCGAAUGGGUCAGGGAACCGCAAGCAUAUACAGUGAAUUAUAGCAGUUGCCCGAAUUGUGCAGCGUUCGCUUGGACAGGCUUCUCAAUCUGUUCCUCCUCACAGGAUGCUUGAACAUCAAUCAACAUGUCCACAUUGAUCUUCGCACACUGCGCGAGUGUAUUCAGUAAACAGCAAUGAUACCUACAGCGCAGUGCUUAAAUCGCUACAUUUCCUGACUUCAACCGCAACCCUUUAUGCAAUAAUCAAAUUUGGAAAUUACAAGAUAACCCCAUUAUCACAACAGUAUAAUAGUUUUUUUUUCGAUUUAAAGCUUUCGUGACUGCAGGGAUUCAUCUUCUUGUUUCUUUCGGUAAAGUCACGUAGAAGGGAAGUAAUAAAAUAAUAAAAAUAAAACAUAAUAAAACAAUUCUCACGACGUUUCGGCUACAACGCAAGCAGCCGUCUUCAGGUGAAGAAUGAGACACUACCAAACUAGGAGCUUAUAUAUAAGCUGCAUUGGGGGUUGAAGAGCGCCUUAACAAAAAGAAUGUGCAUGUGAAGAGGGAUUUAGCAUAUUCAUGGAAAAUGCGUAGGCGUUGGGCGGGGGGGUGUC